AUGAUCCCGGGGCACGGGCCGGUGCUGCAGGCGGUGCUGGGCACGUUCCUCACCUGGGGGCUGACGGCGGCUGGUUCCGCGCUGGUGUUCGUGUUCUCCAGCGGGCAGAGGCGGAUCCUCGAUGGGAGCUUAGGCUUUGCCGCGGGGGUCAUGCUGGCUGCUUCCUACUGGUCCCUCCUGGCCCCGGCUAUCGACAUGGCCGAGGAGUCCGGCAGCUUCGGAGCCUUCGCCUUCUUCCCGGUGGCCCUGGGCUUUGCUCUGGGAGCAGCUUUCGUGUACUUCGCCGACCUGCUCAUCCCAGCACUGGGUUUCAGCGGGGCUCCCCACGCAGCGUUUGCCUUGAGCUUCGACCAACGAGCGAUGAAAGAGAAGUAUGAGCACGAACCUGCCCAUCAGCUGGUCUACGAGAGCGAGUUGUCCAUCCGGAUAGACAAAGGUGAGAACGGGGAACCCUACCAGAGGAGGAAGGGUGCAGGGGCCACCCUGCCGGACACCCCCCCGGCGUUCCCUAUGGCCAGGGACGGGGCCCCCGCGCCCGGCAGCAGCAGCUGGAGGCGGAUUAUGCUCAUGAUCCUCGCUAUCACCAUCCACAACAUUCCAGAGGGCCUGGCGGUGGGAGUUGGAUUUGGAGCUAUUGGAAAAUCUGCAUCUGCGACCUUCCAAAGCGCCAGGUAA